AUGUCGACCUUCUUGAGCAAGCUCAAGCCGAGCGCAGCCGCCGCAAAUGCUACCAACAACGUAGCCCAGAACAAGAAGAAGGAGGAGCCACCGCCGGAGCAAACUCCGCUCGAGAAGAUGUUGAUGAAUGCCGGCCCGAUUCGCGAUGAUGGAACAGACAAGUUUUUUGGACUUGAGAACUUCGGAAAUUCAUGUUACUGCAACUCUAUCCUCCAAGCACUCUACCACUCGGACACGUUCCGCGAAAAUGUCGUUCGAUUCCCACCAUACUCCCCGGCUGGCACGCCGAACGGCAAGCCAAGGAAGGUUGUCGUCAACUUUCGCAAGCCCUCCGAACCUCCGCCCAAGUCGCCACUCGUGCCAGGGACUGCCGCCGCCGCUGCCAUUGCCGCUGUCACCAAGGAGACUCCCCAGCAACCAACAGUCAAGGGACGGCCAGCGGCCAACCCAGGCCAGCAACCGAAUGGCCAGCAGGGCACUCGUCCCGAGGACAAGCCGGAUACACCUGAAUACAAGAAGAAGCAGGCGAUGAUCAAGGGUCCCGUGCUCGAUCUGACAGACAACGCGAGCGCAUAUGGUAUGGAGCAGAGCACAUUUACGAGCGUCAAGGACAUUUUUAUGGCCUGGAUCGAGAGCGACUCCCGCACCGGCGUGCUUAGUCCCAUCCACCUUCUCGAUAUGUUCCGCAGAGACAACGAACUUUUCCGCACAUCUAUGCACCAAGAUGCACACGAAUUCUACGGCCUGAUGCUGAACGACAUCAUUAAGAACGUUGAGGAGGCCGCCCUGCAGCGCCAGGAAGAGGACAAGGAAGGCCUCAAGAAGUCCGUUCAGGCAGCACUUGGUGACAGCCAGUCUGUUAGUGCAUUGACAAACGGCACCUCCACGCCGGGGUCGGGCUGGGUGCAUGACAUCUUCGAGGGCGUUUUGACGUCGGAGACAAGGUGCCUGACCUGCGAGUCCGCGUCACAGCGUGACGAGACGUUCCUUGAUCUGUCCAUCGAUCUGGAGGAGCAUUCGUCUGUUACGUCCUGCCUGCGCAAAUUUUCCGCCGAAGAGAUGUUGUGCGAGCGUAACAAGUUUCACUGCGACCAUUGUGGGGGUCUUCAGGAGGCCGAGAAACGCAUGAAAAUCAAGCGGCUGCCAAAGAUUUUGGCCCUGCACCUCAAGCGCUUCAAGUACUCGGAGGAUUACACCAAGCUCGAGAAACUGUUCCAUCGUGUCGUCUACCCUUACCAGCUGCGCAUGUUCAACACCACCGACGAAGCCCAAGACCCAGACCGCUUGUACGAACUAUACGCGGUUGUGAUACAUAUUGGCGGUAAUGCGUACCACGGACACUACGUCUCAGUGAUUAAGACGAAAGAGCGUGGCUGGAUCUUGUUCGACGACGAAAUGGUGGAGCCGGUUGACAAGCACUAUGUGCGCAAUUUCUUCGGCGACAAGCCCGGGACCGCGUGCGCGUAUGUGCUUUUCUACCAGGAGACCACGUUUGAGAAGAUGCAGGCGGAGCAGGAGCUCGAGGGUCUCGAGGAAAUUCGGCUCGCCAACAUGAGCGCCGGCCUGGCCUUGUCCCCCGAAGAACAGGCCCUGCGGGCCAACGGAAUUCAGAACGGCACCGGCUCCCUGUCUCGUCAAGUCACGCAACCGGCCGUCGCCUCGCCCGCUGAUCUGCGCGAAGAGUUUAUCGGCCUGGAGCACGCAAGGACCGCACCCGGAGCCGUUCUAACGCCGAUCUCCAGUGCACCUAACGUGCCACCUUUGCCAGCGGGCGUCUCCGAUUCGACUACAACACCAGCAGCACCAACGCCAACUGCACCGGUUGUGCCGCCUGCACCAGCCGUGAAUGCGAAGCUGGAGGCGGCUCGCCUCAAGGAGGAGAAGGAGCGCGAAAAGAGAGAAGCCAAGGCGGCUGAGAAAGCUCGAAAGGUGCAGGAGAAGGAGAAUGCGAAGGAGCUGGAGCGGCAGCGCAAGGAACGUGAAAAGGAGCGGGAGGCACAACGAAAGGCCGAUGCCGAGGAAAUGCGGAGGGUGAUUGCCGCGAGCAGGCAGACGGCAGCCGAGGAGAAGGACGCGCGCAAGAACAGCAUCGACAACGCGGCAGGUGGUGGCAAGGCGGCCGGCUUCCUCAGCCGCAGUGGGCGCGGUAGCAAGUCCAUGUCGCGCAAGAGCUUCAACUUCCUGGCCAAAGAAAAGCUGGAGAAGGCGACCAUCCCCGAGUCACCAUUCAGCAGUGAACAGACCACGGCGUUGAGCAAUGGGUCCACCAACGGCAGCAGCGUGGCCUCUUCCAACGGAGCAAUUCCACCGACGGCGCCACUGGCCCAAACACAGUCGCCAACAUCGUUGCCGCCGCUACCUGAAUUGGCCCAAGCCGACAAGCCGGUGCGCAAAGAGCGGUUCAGCUUCAGCCUGGGCCGAAAGAAGAGCAACACGUUCCUUUAA